AGAUAAAAAUAUGUCGAAACUUUUGUUAUCGAGAUAAUAUCUAAUGAGAGUAUGAGUAAUGGGUACGGUGUUGAAAAGUCGGGCGUGUCCUUAUUAAAUGAGUAAUUCACUUAUUAAGAGAAUAAUUCGUUAGAAUUUCAUUCACUUAGUCGGUAAAACUGAUAAGAAAUUUUCUCCGGAGUUCGUGAUCUUCCCAUUCCUGAGUUAAAUGUGACGUCGCACAGGUGUUUUGCGCCCACCUGUAUUCAGUGUUGUUACUCCACGGUAAUAUGGCGGUUAUAGACCACCUGAAGUUCAAAUUAUUUAUAUUUUUGUGUAGUGAAUUUACUUGUUGUGUUGUACUUGGACAAUAUAGACCAAAUAAUGUGUAUGGUCAACACGACGACCGAAAUCAGUUCAGUCAGUACAACAACCCGUACCAUACACCAAACCCUGGCGACAGGGAUUACAGAACAUACGUCUACAAGGGGAGACGUUACGGGCAACAGAACAAUUUUUAUAACAACAGGUGGCGUCCUGGAGACCCCAGAAUACAGGGCCAGGAUGAACACUUCUUCUACGAUCAACAAGGGAAUGGUGAACCAAUUUUACCAGGAGUACUGGGUGGUUGGCGCACCGAUUUGCAAGGGAAAUUCCGGUCACAGACAAAAGACAGAAAAAGGGACAUUUUCGUGACAACCACUCAUGGACAAGUCCAGGGUUUUUUGGUAUAUCUCUUUGAUAAUCCAGACCCGGAGUCGCUCUAUAGACCCGGAUCUGAAUUUAUAGAGCGGGAAUAUGGCGCAACUGAAGUUUAUUUGGGCAUACCUUAUGCCGAACCUCCAAUUCUGGAAGGCCGAUUUAAGCCUCCCAGAUGGCACAAAGGCUGGCAAUUGUUACAAGCAGUUGAUUUUGGGCCUGCGUGCCCACAACCUGCUCGAUAUGUUGGAGCCACUAAAGGUGUAAGAGACAUGGAUGAAGACUGUUUAUACCUCAAUGUGUACAAGCCUCCAACUAGUGAAGAAGGAGUCGGGAAAAGAUAUCCAAUAAUGGUGUACAUCCACGGUGGUGAUUUUGUUAGAGGUGCUUCUAAUACAUUCCCAGGACACAUUAUGGCCACUUUUUACGAAGUAAUAGUCGUCACUAUUAACUACCGUUUGGGUGCCUUGGGAUUUAUAAGCACUGGUGAUGUUAAUUCACCAGGAAACUACGGAAUUCUGGACCAAGCCAUGGCUUUGAAGUGGAUUUAUGAAAACGCAGAAAGUUUCAAUGGCGACAGAUACAGUAUUACGUUAUUUGGGCCUGGUGCUGGAGCCGCCUCAGCCGGCCUCCUCAUGGUAGCGCCCCAAACCAAAGACAUGGUCUCGAAAGUGAUAGCUCAAAGCGGCUCAGCCUUGGCUGAUUGGACCCUAAUUGUCGAUAAAUACCGUGCCCAGAAUACCAGUAGAGUUUUUGGGAAACUUAUAGGGUGCAGUAUUGAGUCUUCAUGGAAACUGAUGAAUUGUCUCAAACAAGGGCGGAGUUUUUACGAAAUAGGUAACUCGGAGUUUCCUCCCGAAGUUGGUCUUUUUCCUUGGGCACCAGUAAUAGAAAUGAAUGUCUCAAUGCCUUUCUAUGAAGGGUGGCAAGAAAGUGAUUGGCAUUUUCUCAAAGAAACGCCUGAAGAACUGAUUAAAAAAAGACACUUUAAUAAGUAUUUAAAAUACAUGUCCGGGAUUACUCUUCAAGAGGCAGCAACGUUUAUUACUUCAAAUAAGUCACUCGAGCCUAAUUUUAUUAUCGACCAAGAAUUUUUCGACCAAAAAGUAAAAGAACUUGUGCUACGUUACAACUACACUUUAAAUCCUAAUGGCACUUAUGAGGCUAUUAAAUAUAUGUAUACAUACUGGCCUGAUCCUAACAACAAAACACACAUACGUGAUAAAUAUAUACAGAUGCUCUCUGAUUUUCUCUAUACCGCACCAAAUGACAAAAUUGCGAAGCUACUAGUAGAACAAGGGGUUGAAGUCUACAUGUAUGUUUUAAACACCACAAUUGAAUCAUUUAAAUUAGAAGAAUGGCGAAAGGUUCCUCAUGACAUUGAGCAUUAUUUGUUGUGUGGAGCGCCGUUUAUGGACACCGAAUUUUUCCCUGAGGGUUUCACACGGACCCAAUGGACGAACAACGACAGAAACAUGAGCCAUUUUUUCAUGCAAGCUUACACGAAUUUCGCAAAGUAUGGUAACCCAACGUACACUCAAAUCCUCGGCAUACAUUUCGAAGUUGCCAAACAUGGAGAACUCAAAUAUCUUAAUUUAAACACAACAUACAAUUCGUCAAUUAUGUGGAAUUUUAGACAAACCCAGUCAGCGUUUUGGUCCCAAUAUUUGCCCACAGUUGUGGGCCAUUUGGUCCCGACUUACCCGCCCACCACUGAGUAUUGGUGGGAGCCACGAGCGCCUUUACAAAUCGCAUUUUGGAGUAUGUCAGCUGCUUGUCUCCUUCUUGUAGUGCUUCUUGUUGUGUGUUGUAUGCUUUGGCGAAAUGCGAAAAGGCAAUCAGAUCGUUACAUCUACGACCCUGAUCCCGACGAAGGAGUUGACAAUACAAGACUUACAAGCGCCUAUGAUUAUGCCGACAAAUUGCGAACACCAAUCAGUGUUCCACCUAGAACAAACAGUGCUUCCACGUUUCGAACUGAAAGUGCGGUGUCACUAAAAGAAACACAAGGUUUUGUGAGUAGCAGUCCAAGUGAAGAUUAUCCAAGAAAAGGCACUCCUGUGCUGUCCCAUAGACAAAAAAGCAAAACAGAAUUGUCGCAAGGGGUGCCACAGACUGAUGUUUGAAUGAAGUUUUGCGCCAUCUAGAACCAGUUUCAAGACCCAAUGUGUUCUUUCAUAAAAGACUAAUAAAUGAGUACAUAUAAUAGAGUAAGCUUUCCGUCCAUGAUGUUCAAUUGUUAAUGACACUUAAAGUUUUAUGUAUACGUAUUUUUAUAUAGCCAAGUAACACUUACUUAAUAAAUUAAGUAUAAACCUACUUGUAAGACAAUAUAUUUCAGCAAUUGAAACAAAUAAAAAACAAAACGUUUUUAUGAUUGUACCAAAGAAAAAUGAACAAUAAAUCGGAAAAGAAUACCACAAACAAACAGCUUAUUUUGUAACAAAAAUUGUAGAUCUCGUAAUAGUUUCAAUAAAGUUUUAUAAUGUUUUGUAAUA